AUUGUCAAUUGUCAAAUCAAACGUCAUUAACAAAAAUCAACAACUUUGUUAUUAAUUUGCGUUUAGUGAUUUUAAUCUUUAUUUUCGUUGGAAUUGAAUAGUUAUCGAAUAUUCAUGCAAUAUAUUUAUAUCUUGCGGUCCUAAUUGAACACUUCUUUAGCAUUAAAUAGCUACCAGUAACGGAAUUUUGUAGUUUCAAUUUACUUCUGCGUGGUGCGAUGUUUCAUCCCAAUAUAAACGAGUAUCAGCUGACUUCGAUCAUAGCUGAGUGUUGUGGAGGCGUCGCUGUCGUGUAUUCAGCUGUUUGCAAGUCUUACAAUGAAAAUGUGGCCAUCAAACGAUACUUUGUGGACAAGUCUAAGGAAAAAGCUAACUUGAUUCAACAAGACAUCUUAACAAGGAAAGAGCUUCAGCAUCCCAACAUUCUUCCGUACCUCACAUCAUUUGUGCAUGGCAGAGAGCUGUAUGUGGUGUCUCCGCUCAUGAACCUGGGCUCCUGCCGGGACAUCCUGGACAGGUACUUCCAGGAGGGUCUGCCGGAGCUGGCCUGUGCUAUCAUACUCCGGGAUGUUUUGCUAGCCCUGCAGUAUUUACACAAACAAUUUUAUAUUCACAGGAGUGUACGCGCUAGUCACGUCUUGUUGGACUCAAAUGGGAACGUCCGUGUGUCAGGGCUCCGCAGCGCGGCCUCCAUGAUGGUCCGCGGGCGCCGCCAGAAGCAGUUACACAGCCUGCCGCCACCCGACCAUGACAAUGCCAACCUCAUGUGGCUGAGCCCGGAAUUAUUGGAACAGAAUCUCAAAGGCUACAACGAGCAGUCGGACAUCUACUCGCUGGGCGUGCUGUGCUGCGAGCUGGGCAACGGCGCGGUGCCGUUCGCGGAGGUGCCCACCACGCUCAUGUUCACGGAGAAGGUGCGCGGCAGCCGCCCGCAGCUGCUGGACUGCUCCUCCUUCCCCGAGCCGCUGGACGACGGGGAGAUGAAGAGUAUGUACAACACAGACAGUGGUGUGGGCGACAGUGCGGAGGGGAUGUCUCGCUUAAGAGCCGCUUACGCGGCGAGGAAACUGAGCGACAACUUCCACCAUCUGAGCGACCAGCUGUUACAGAGGGACCCGGAGCUGAGGCCGUCAGCCACCCAACUGCUGAACCACCCGUUCUUCAAGCAGAUCAGGAAGACCGACUUCCUGCCCAGCCUCAUCGGAAGAGUGAAACCUAUCAAACCUGACCCCGAUGACAUAUCAGCACUGAUACUGCAAGAGAAGCUCUCAGAAAUGGAAAUAGAAAAGACGACAGAGUGGGAUUUCUAGCACAUACUGAAAUAUCAUUUUUAGGUAAUAAAUAUAUUAUUAGAGAAAUAACUACAAAUAUUGUUAUUGUACUAUUGAAUGGCGGUCAAUAGUGCAAUAGUUACAUAUCGCGGUUUUUUUUUAAUUUUUUUUUACUUUUUUAUGUUUUUAAUUUGUACCGAGUUUGGGGAAGUUUUUUAAAUGUGUUUGCUUACUAGUAUACGCUCGUAGAAUUGCGCUGUCUUCAAAAAUGAAUGUUUUUCUGACAAAAUUUCAUCCAUUUAUGUGUAAAAUUUUAAAAAUUCUUACUUACUGUUUAUGUGAGUCAGAGACGAGGUAGCGAAUCGAAGCGAAGCCUAGUGGGAGUUUUCAAUAUUUUCAUACUGUUACUAUCGCGUUGACGUAAACGCGAAUUUAUAUGGAAUUGAAACAGUUGUGCAGUAGUGCCACUAGAUGGCGCUGAUUAAAUUCCUUAGAAAUUCGCGUUUACGGUAACGCGAUAGUAACAGUAUCAAACUGCUACUAGGCCCUUUGAUCUUCAACAGAGAUUACCGGGACAAAAAUUUUUCUCGAGUUUUGUAAUGGUAUGACCCAAGACGGUGGUCCUGGGUUCGAUCCCCGACUGGGCUGAUUCGAUUGCAUCAUCAUUCAUCACUUACCAUCAGGUGAGAUUGUAGUCAAGGGCUAAUUUCUAAUGAAUUUUUUUUUUUUAUUCUUCACAAGUUACGUUUAGUAAUUAAAAAUAAACGGUGCUUGUAUUUCCCCGAGCGAGCUCUAUUACAAAGAGCCUUAGGUACCUACUAUUGUAAGAAGGAAGGAGGUUUAAAGUUGAAAAAUUAAUAUUUCUAGUAGGAAAUCUAGAAGAAAGUCUGUGUUUUUGACAAUAUUUUCAAUAUUUCCAUCACAGUUAUCUACGAUGGCGUGCAUAAAAUCAUUGUCUUGGGUAUGCACUACGUACAAAACAAAAUUGAAAUUCCUGCGCUGAUAUGGUUGACAAUAUUGUCAAUAUUGUAAGGAUAAGCAUUGUCUAAUAUUUAUAGUUUUGAAUUAAAAAGACCCAGAAAUUAAAACAACAAUUAAUUAAUUAUAUAAUCGUAAAUUACAAGAAUCUCAUAUUAUCUUUAAUUCCAUAAUCGGGUUGAAUUUUAUAUCACGUGAAUUACUUUAAAAAAUCAGUUAAAAGUCUGUUCAUCCCUUUCUCGGCAGAACAUUGUAACAAAGACAGCAAUACUUAAUGAAUUUAACAGAUAUUGUACUGUACAAUAAAAAUAAUAAUAGUUCCAAUAUAGUGUCAUACAAACGUACAAGAUUAUUAUGUGAAGUUAAUUAUAUUUUAUUAAUUCGGUGAUUGUAAGUUUUAGAGCAAUUGUUGUUAACUAUUGUAAUGAUUAAAGGUACUGUUAGAA